ACGCGCAGGAGCGGUCGUGUUCCGUCUGCAUCGUACUUUAAAAGGCAACGAACGAUGAGCUCCCACUGAAGAUAUCGCGUCAGUUUUAACUGCAUUAUCGCAGUUAGCUGUUUCAAAUGAGAGAUAUCUUCGACUUUCAUUCAUACCAUAUUUCGGAGUGGAAUAUGAAUGUCUCGACGAUCGACUGAUUGAAGAUCCUUCCCAGUGCUCAUUCUGCGCUGUACCAGACGGACUUCCUACUCGCUUCGCCACUCAUCGUUGCCGCAUACCGACCAACUAUAUUCAUCAGAUUUCCCUCCUUGAUCGGCCGACCACUUUUUAUAAUUUAGACCAAACAGGGGCUGCUUUGGCUGCUUCGGAACUGCUACAACGUUAUUGUAAAUACUCAAACGUGGCUGUGGGUUUUUUGCUGUAUAUGAUGCCGAAACGUCUGCGAUUCCGGAGAAGGUCAUUCCUUGGGCUUUUAUUCCUCUUCUCACUGUCGACAUCCGCAUUGUAUUUCAUCUAUUCAGCCCCCGGUAUCGUCAACGAGUAUGUUUUCAUGGUCCAGGCACGGGGAAUACAGAUCAGGGAAAACGUAAAGAACAUCGGAGCCCAGGUUCUGGAGCAGGUCGUGAGAGGAGCGCACAGCAACAACGGCACUGACUAUGCCUAUGACUUCAACUCGAGCGAGAGUGAGGCCCCGCCCACCACAUAUCUGCCAGAAGACUUCAACUACCUGCCGUCCCAGGUGUGCCCGGAGAGGCUGCCCACCAUGAAGGGCAGGUUGGAGGUGAACAUGACUGAGAUACUUCUGGAUGAGGUGGAACACUCCUUGUUGAGAGCAGAUCCUAGUCUAGCCCCAGGCGGCUACUGGACGCCCACAGACUGUCAACCUCGCUGGAAGGUGGCCAUCCUCAUCCCCUUCCGGAACCGACACGAACACUUGCCCAUCCUCCUCAGGCACCUGGUGCCGGUGCUGCAGAGACAGAGGCUUCAGUUCGCCUUCUAUGUCAUAGAGCAGACGGGAACGGAGCCGUUCAACCGAGCCAUGUUGUUCAACGUGGGCUUCAAAGAGGCCAUGAAGGACCUGGACUGGAACUGUCUGGUGUUCCACGACGUGGACCACCUCAUGGAGAACGACAGGAACUACUAUGGCUGCAACGACAUGCCACGCCACUUUGCCGUCAAACUCAACAAAUACUCCUACAUGCUUCCCUAUAAUGAGUUCUUCGGGGGCGUCAGCGGCCUCACUGUGGAGCAGUACAAGAAGAUCAAUGGAUUUCCCAAUGCAUUCUGGGGCUGGGGAGGAGAGGAUGAUGACCUCUGGAACAGGGUGCAGCUUGCCAACUACACAGUGAGUCGCCCAUCAGGAGAGCUUGGCCGCUACAUGUCCAUUCCUCAUCACCAUCAUGGGGAAGCUCAGUUUCUGGGCAGGUACACUCUGUUACGCCACUCCAAGGAACGCCAGGGGUUGGACGGCCUCAGCAACCUCAACUACUCCCCCCAAGUGUCCAGGAGGCACCUCUACACCAACAUAUCAGUCAGCCUCACCAGGAACCUGGCCCCCAUCGCCGACUACUGAGGCACCAGCCGCCAGAUCUCAGAACCCAUGCGAUAGCCACCGUCCGCUGGGAUUUCAAACCUAUGUUCCCAGACGCAGCCCUGCCUAAGAACCUUCUUUUUUUUUUUUUUUUUUUCUUAAUUCAUUAUUUUUCUGUUCGUUUUUUUGUUUUCGGCCUUUGUGUGUUUUCGUCCGGGGGGGUUAAGCAGUGUCACACGGGGAGAGUAAAGAAGGGUCAAUGCGGCACUUUGUGCCACAUUCCAUCACUCCUCUCAUCCGUGGACCUGGUCUCCACCAUGCCUUUCGCACCAUUUUGGCCUUCAACCUUCCCCUUCAUACCCUGAUUGGUUAAAUUAGCGCUUAAUCCGGGAAUCAGGAGCUGGCUGCUUCACUUAUCUGGUCCGCACACUAAGACUCAACUGUGUGGAUGUGGUUUCUGAGGCUUUCAAUUGAGUUUAUCUUAGCAUGUAUAUAUAUAUAUAUAUAUAUAUAUAUAUGUAUAAUUGUGUGGCAUUUACACCCGUAAGUCAUUCACAUGCAAACCAACAGUGGAUUCUUGCAGCUGGUUCUGCAAAAUGUAUGCCAAAACUUUUAACUGAAGUGGGACAUAUAUAAAGACAGAGAUAUAUAAAAGUGAUUUAAUGAAAGUGAGAGUUUUUACAGUUCCUAAAAGUUCCUUAGUUAGGAAGUUCACUGUAUAAUAAUAGUGUACAGACACAUAACGAAUAUCAACCGCUUUUUUGGAGGAACUCCAGAUCACAUCACCAUUUUCAGAAAAGGCCUCAACGUUUGUCAAAAAAUGGCGCAUCUGUUGUUUUUUUGGCUGCUUGGGGAAUGGCUUUUUAUAUGUGUGGGUGCAAAAGAUUCAUUGAUUAGCAAUAAGCUGCCAGAGCUCACGGCAGAACUUAGAAACUGACUCAAUAUAAAGAUGCUUUAACGCGGCUGCUGACACACGGAGAACGCGAGUAGUGCAGAGAGCCUGCUCUGUAUGCAAACCUCCCCGACGGAAACACCUCCGCCUAAACAAACAAUCCACCCGGUCAACACCGGGUGGCACGGUGGGGCCCUGGGCCUCUGUGUGUUUAAGUUAUUGAAAGUUAUGCAAAUAGCCACGUAGAGAGAUCCUGUUCGCCGGAUCUGUAGAUGGACGUCGGCCGCGAAGGUCAGCCUUUGAAGGACGAAAAUAAGUUGUUUUUUUAAUGUCGUUGUUAACGCCACACGCACACACACACACACACACACACACACACACACACACACACACACACACACACACACACACACACACACACACACACACACACACACACACACACACACACACACACACACACACACACAGAGUUGAAGAGAAUCAGACGUAGAAGCGCGCACGCUGGCUUCCACUCUCAUUUAUGUUUACAGUGUGAUUUCAUUUUCUUGUCCUGAUUGGUGGAACACCCCCCCCCCCCCCCUGGUAUCGUAUGCUGUAUGAGUGUCUCACGUUUUGAUCAGAGGCUGCCUUUAUGUUUAUAUGACACUGUAUGUACACGUCCCCAUUAAGGUCCCAAAGCGAGGCACUGUUGAUGUCGUUGGAGACGAGUCUGCCGUAAUCGAUGACUAGUGAAGACUGUAGGAGGUCAUUCAGAGGUAAAGGCAGUGUGCUUUGGCCCUACAACAAGUAUGACGAUUUAGAGAGCACCACAAAGAGACAAAAGCACCCCGUUGUUCUCCCCAGUGUGUGUUUGAAUAUGAGUGUGUGCGUACGUUUGUGUGUGUUCUGGACAGUGUUGAUGGAUACUUAAGGUUCUUCCCUUCUCUUGACCUUGUCUAUUUUAUAAUUACACAGCUACUUCAUUUCACAUAAAUCGCCUUUUUUGGAAUACUGUGGGUUGUAGAUUAACUGAUGUGUUACCCUGGUAAUAUAUAAAAAAAAUGAAUUUGAGGCUGGACCUCAAAGUAUUUAUUUGAUCUUGUACGGAUUGUGUUCUGUGAUUGUUAUGAUUUUUUUUGAGUUGAGUCGGUAGACGAUACAGAUGCACUGAAGCGGAUUGUGUUUAUUUGAUUGGGAUUUGUGAGGUUCCUGUUUGAGUGAUACAUGUGCUGUUCCAUGUUGUUCAAUUCAACAUAUGAAUGAAAUGGGAUUGACAAUGGUCUUGAGAUGAUUGGAGUUGGAAGUUGUGGUUAAAGGGUCUCAUUUAAAUUGGAAUGGGAUCCCCAAUGCUGAUGUAUUGCGUAUUAUUCUGCUGAACAGUCAAUCGCCGGAAGAAACCAUUAAGUUUGAAAGCCACAGGAAGAAAGUUAUCAGGAAGUGCCGGUUGUCAACUGCCUCCAUUAAGCACCUUCAAUAUUGUAACCACCGGAUGGAAAAUAAACCACUAGCCGACAUAAAGAAUGUGUGUGUGUGUGUGUGUGUGUGUGUGUGUGUGUGUGUGUGUGUGUGUGUGUGUGUGUGUGUGUGUGUGUGUGUGUGUGUGUGUGUGCGUGUGUGCGUGCGUGCGUGCGUGUGCGUGCGUGCGUGCGUGCGUGUGCGUGCAUGUGUGGUUCUGGAUGUAUGGUUGCCUGCAGUGGGUGCUCAGUCCUGCCUGGAGCACAUCAGUCUCAAUGAUUUUCAUCAGUCAGGAGCACUUGUUUGCCUCCCAGAGAAGCAUGCUGAGGGUGCUUAGUGAGAGACAUGAACCACGGCAGCCGGGUGGUUUUCCUAUCCACGUGUGUUUGAGUGAGAUGGUGGAUCCCGUUGACCUACAGUCCUAACCAGACAAAUUCCAGCAUUUUUUUUUCCGCACUGAUUUUCAUUUUUGAUUUUUGAUGUUAGAUCGCUGACCUGUCAGAAAAAGAAACCCUAAAAACACACAGGUCCUGAUUUAGAAUUUUUUUUUUUUUUGAAGUGGACGUAUAUUAUGCAUUAUUUCAUAUUUUUUACCAUUCAAUGAACAUGUGAGGAUAAUUUAAUAUGAGAGACGGACUAUCGGAUGUGUGAUGACACCCCCCUGACUGGCCUAUUUAUAUUUUACAGCGUAUGGACUAUAAUUGUUUCCGGUGUUCAAACACUGCAAGUGAAACACAGAGCCUGUGUCAACUGCAUCUACAGACAGGGAAAAGCAGUCAACCAUUGCCAUUUCUGUGAUCCAACCUGUCAAAUGGCCUUUAGUUUGUGUUUUUGUUGUUUUGUUUUUUGGAGUCAUGAAAAAGAGUUUAAAAGGUGCACGGUUGUGUGAAGCGCCACAUUCCAGGCUCAGGCAAUGCCUGCUCUUACAGAGACGUGCUCAAUAGCCACAUACUCUCACGCCCUGUCCUGCUCCAUCCUGCGCCUGUCUGAAUGACGGUUACCCGCGAGUAACCUGACGAGACGGGCAGCCUUAAUGCUUUGUUAAUUUAUUUCAGUGUUUUUAACUCUAGUUUUUUAUUUUUUUAUAAGCAAAAAAUCUAUUUAAACUGAAAAAAAUGUUAUUCAUAUUGAGACAAUGACCAUUGUAAAUAGUGUUGUGUGUGUAGCGAAUUACAAGUUCUAGAGGAAUUAAAAAUCACCACAGAUGCUAGCUUAACAAACAAGGCUUUGGAGUGGUUUGGCCGGCUGUAUAUCUGGUGCCAUUCAAGUGCUAGUGAAGCUUGCAUCGCUACAUCAACGCUUUUAUAUCAUGGCUUAGCCAGCAUAGCCUUUUUAAUGAGCGUACUACUUCACAAGUCUGAACAUUCUGGAAGCCUUCCUCCUACUCCAACCCUUACUUAAAAAAUGCUGUAACCGUGGAGGGCUUAUGAGUGGGAUGUAAGUUAUCGAUCGACAGAUGAGAUAGCCUAGUUCAUGCUUAUUAAGAUAAGGACAGCUGUCCUUUGAUAAGGACAGCUGUUGGGUCAAAGGUAAGGCACUGUAGGAUGUUAACAAUUCUAUGUCAGCCAAAAUCACCAUAUGCUUACGAAGCUUAGAAUGCAACACUGGCACACUAACUAGCAACACAACCCACUCCAAAAUCUACACCAACAAAUAGAUUUCAAUUUUUUGGUUUUUCAUUAAAGCUUACAAAAGAAAAAUGUAGAAGCUGAAGUUGAAAUAUAUCUUCUCUGAUUGUAAGGAGCCACCUUCUCCUUGAAUUGAAGCCAUUCGAAGCCACUUGUUAAAAAAAAACUUGAUGUCAGCCUUAUGUGUAUCUGUGUAUUGACAUAUUAUCUUUUGAUUAUUGAAAUUUGUAUGAUGGAGAUUUUCUUUUAUAACAUCAUUGUUAUUGUCAAAGUACACCAAUAAAACAAA